AAUUGUAAAUUUGACGAUAAAAGUAAUGGUUGAAUUCCUCGUUAUCAACAAAAUAUAUCAAAUUAUGUUAAAAGAAAAAAGAAGUUGUAAUGAUAACAAUGUUAUAAAAAACGCCUUACUUCUCAACUCUGAUUUAUAUAUAUACAAAUAUUUGUAAGUAUUUUAUUUUUCACGUUCUGGAAGUGCAAGAAAGUGUAGAUAACAAAUAUACUCGGUCUCAGAUUGAACAUUUGGUACUGUGGUGCGCUGUUGAUUGGCAAAGUUAGGCAAGGUCUUGAAGGCACUUCGAGGAUAUUAUUAAAAUAGCAUUCGCGAAAAUAACACAUAACAAUAGGUCGAGAUGGCUGCCCGUUCGGUCCUGAGAUAUUUGAAACCAAAGCUCGUGAUGUUCCAGAGCCACCGAUCCGCUUCUCUGUCUGGCUUCGACAUUCAGCACAGAACUCCCACCAUCAAGAAGGUGAUGCCCAUGCCAAAGGCUCAGUAUGGUGGUAGGCAUACUGUCACCAUGUUACCUGGAGCUGGCAUCGGACCAGAGUUAAUGUCUUACGUUAAAGAGGUUUUUAAAUACGCUGGUGUACCAGUAGACUUUGAGGAUGUUGAUAUCAAUCCCAAUGCAGAUGACAAUAUUGACUUAGCUUAUGCAAUUACAUCGAUACGUAGAAACGGAGUGGCAUUAAAGGGUAACAUAGAAACACACAGUACGGAAGCUGACGUUUUAUCACGAAACGUCGCGCUGCGAAACGAGUUAGAUCUCUAUGUAAAUGUUCUGCACUGUGUAUCCUAUCCGGGCGUCAAUUCUCGUCAGAAGAACAUCGAUAUAGUGAUUGUCAGGCAGAACACUGAAGGCGAGUAUUCCAUGCUGGAACACGAGAGCGUCCACGGUGUCGUCGAAAGCAUGAAAGUUAUCACGAAGUCCAACUCUGAGCGUGUUGCGCGUUACGCGUUUGAGUACGCCAAGAGGAAUGGCCGCAAGAAAGUUACGACGGUCCACAAAGCAAACAUCAUGAAGCUAUCCGAUGGGCUCUUUUUGGAGAUCUCGCGACAGGUCGCCAAGGAUUAUCCGGACAUCAUCCACAAUGAUAUGAUCAUCGACAACUGUUGCAUGCAACUCGUUUCGAAUCCGCAUCAGUUUGACGUCGUGCUGACGACCAAUCUGUACGGCGCCAUCGUAUCGAACGUGGUGUGCGGUCUGUUGGGCGGUGCUGGCCUAUUGGCCGGCAAGAAUUACGGUGAUCAUUACACAAUCUUUGAGCCGGGAACUCGUAAUACCGGCACCAGCAUCGCCGGCAAGAAUAUCGCAAAUCCCAUUGCGAUGCUGAACGCCGCGGUCGAUAUGCUACGUCAUCUGGGUCACAAACAUCACGCUUCCAUUAUACAGAAUGCGAUCAACAAGACUAUUAAUCAGAGUGUGCAUACCCGAGAUCUUGGCGGCACUGCGACGAGUAGGGAAGUCGUCGACAAUAUAUUGAAACACAUUAAGAUCGCAACUGCUUAAGACUGAAAAUUUUUAUUCUAACUAGAAAUCUCUUGUAGUAGCUGUUCACGGAGAACGGCGAGUUUAAAAUAACAAGAAUCUUGUGAUUUCUCUUUUAGUAAAAUAUUAAUAAUAUAUUAAAGUAGCUCUGACAAUUACGAUAAAGCGAUGUUUCGGCAAUAUGCAGCAAUGAGAUUUUGUCCGCAGGCGUUCGAAACUGCAAAAUAUCUCGUACAAAAUUGUUACCAAAAAAAUCCUUUUACUUAAAUAUACUUUGACAGAUUACAAUUUUCUUGCUAUAAAUCACAAUGCUCUGUAAUAUAAUAAUAAUAUUUGUGUAAUAAUCGGAAUUUUAUAUAAAAUACAUAAUGUACAUUAUAAGAAUAUAAUAGUAGUUCCUAUGGACAAAUUUACCAAAUAUUGUGACUAUUGUUGCUGUGAGAAUAACUUGUAUGAAAGGCGAAAUAUUCGUUAUAUCUUGUCAUUAAAAUAAUACUCGCUCAUACUUGAGCGAAAGAGAUGUGGUCAUAAUUUAUUAACAACAAGCUGUAGAUUCAUAUGUCGCCUUAGCACAAUUUUACCUAGAUGAAUUAAAAUUCUAACACAAUGUAAAAUUACACUUUAUUACUUUAAGGUUAUAUUGUAAAGUGUAUAUACAUGCCGCGUUCAUAAGAAUAAAAUGUAAAUUUACAUGUC